AUGGAGGUGUUGCACUACAGCCCAUGGGACAGUGUUUUGGAGAUAACCAAAGUGGCUCAAGAAAAGGGCAGUGACCCAUUCUUGUGGGCAAUCCAAGAAAGGGAUCCAAUUGAGGGACCUAUACCCCGCCUAGAUUCUUGCAUGUGCAUGUUAUUAUCGAUCACGACUCUUGUAGUAGCUGACCUUGUUGAGGAAGAGGAAACUGCUUCGACUGACGAGAUUGCUUGUGGUAUAGUCAGCAAACAUCAAGCUGCUGGGAAGCGUCGCAUGGAUUUGAUAUUUAGUUUACAGAAUCUAUGUGGUUAUCAGAGCUUGCUAACUCCACCUCAGGCAGUUAUCACUGCAGCCAAUCAGGCUGCUGCAAAAGCAAUGAUGUUCACAUCAGACAUCCAUGUCGAUAGUGCAUACUUUGAGUGCGUCAAUAUAGCCGAUAUGCCAAUUAACUGCUCUGGUAACCUACAUCAUUUAAUAGUUGAAGCAUGCAUUGCUAGAAAUCUAUUGGACACAUCAGCUUAUUUCUGGCCGGGUUAUGUAAAUGGUCGUAUCAACAAACUGCAUCAAAAUGUUCCCACUCACAUGCCUGGUUGGUCAUCGUUCAUGAAGGGGUCGUCUCUUACUCAAUUAAUGACCAAUGCUUUAGCUUUAACUCCUGCUUCAAGCUUAGCAGAGAUCGAGAAAAUCUUCGAGAUUGCAGUCAAAGGAUCUGACGAUGAAAGGAUAGCUGCUGCCACGAUUCUAACUGGGUCGUCCUUGAUUCGUGGAUGGAAUAUACAGGAACACACUGUUUACUUUAUAACUAGAUUAUUGUCUCCACCAUUUCCUGCUGAUUAUUCUGGGAGUGACAGCGAUUUGAUACGUUAUGCUCCCAUGCUGAACGUACUUCUUGUUGGGAUAGCACCUGUUGACUGUGUCCAGAUUUUCUCACUACAUGGUUUGGUUCCACAGCUUGCUGGUUCAUUGAUGACAAUUUGCGAGGUGUAUGGGUCGCGUGUUCCUAACAUCUCACGGACUCUGACAACGGGAGAAGAGAUAUCUGCCCAUGCUGUGUUUUCGAAUGCAUUUGCUCUUCUUCUAAAACUUUGGCGGUUUAAUCAUCCUCCUGUUGAACAUGGAAUUGGUGACGUACCUCCAGUUGGAUCUCAACUCACUCCCGAAUACCUCUUAUUUGUGCGAAAUUCCCACGUUGUAUCUCCUGAAAAUGUAAUCAAGGAUCCGAAUAGAAGGAGACUUGCAAGAGUUGCAAGUUUUUCAUCUCCUGAAUCUAUAUUUGUUGACUCGUUUCCAAAACUUAAAGCAUGGUACAGACAACAUUUGGCAUGCAUUGCUUCACCCCUCUCUGGUCUUGUCAAUGGGACUCCAGUCCAUCAAACAGUCAAUGCAUUGCUCAACAUGAUGUUCAGAAAAAUCAAUAGAGGAAGCCCAUCUGUGAUUUCAAUUUCAUCGGGAAGCAGCAGUUCUUCUGGAGUUGGAAUUGAAGACAAUUUAAGGCCUAAAUUACCUGCUUGGGAUAUUCUUGAAGCUGUUCCGUUUGUGGCAGAUGCUGCUUUAACAGCAUGUGCCCAUGGAAAAUUGUCUCCCCGCGAACUCUGCACAGGGCUAAAAGAUUUGGCUGAUUAUCUUCCAGCUACUUUGGCAACCAUUGUAAGUUAUUUUUCGGCUGAAGUAACUCGUGGUGUUUGGAAAUCAGUUUCUAUGAAUGGAACAGAUUGGCCCAGUCCCACUGCGAAUCUCUCCAACAUUGAGGAACAGAUAAAGAAAAUACUAGCUGCUACUGGUAUUGAUGUCCCCAGUCUUGCUAUAGGAGAGAGUUCUCCGGCUGUGCUUCCAUUACCGUUGGCUGCAUUUGUCAGCCUCACAAUAACCUAUAAACUUGAUAAAUCCUCGCUGCGUUUCCUUGAUCUGGCGGGCCCAGCUUUGGAGUCACUUGCAGCAGGUUGCCCAUGGCCAUGCAUGCCGAUAGUUGCUUCCUUGUGGACCCAAAAAGUGAAACGUUGGAGUGACUUCCUCCUUUUUUCAGCCUCUCGUACUGUCUUCCUCCACAACAAUGAUGCUGUAAUUCAGCUUCUUAGAAGCUGCUUCAGUUCCACCCUGGGUUUGAGCAGUACCUGCAUCUCAUGCAAUGGUGGCAUUGGAGCUCUUCUAGGCCAUGGAUUUGGAUCCCAGUUUAAAGGUGGAAUCUCUCCGGUUGCACCAGGGAUUCUGUAUCUACGUAUUUACCGAUCAAUUAGGGACAUUAUGUUUUUAAGAGAGGAGAUUAUUACAAUAUUGAUGCACACUGUGAAAGACAUUGCCAGGUUUGGAGAGCUGAAGAAAGCAAAAAAUGGAAUGAACUAUGGGCACUUCUCACUUGCUGUAGCUAUAAUUAAAGUGAAACUAGCAGCUUCUUUGGGGGCUACAUUAAUUUUCCUAAGCGGCGGCCCGGGGCUCUUGCAGUCGUUAAUAAAGGAAACUCUUCCCUCUUGGUUUAUGUCCUUUCAUCAGUACGAGCAACAAGGGGAGUCAAGUGGAAUCUUUCCGAUGCUCGAAGGGUAUGCGCUAGCAUAUUUAGCCGGGCUUUCUGGAAUGUUUAUCUGGGGUGUGAACUCGUCAUCAACAGCUUCGAGACAUCGUCCAAUAGCUCUUGGAUGCCACAUGAAAUUUAUGGCUAAUGCCGUUGAUGGACAGAUAUCACUUGGUUGUGAUCCGGCCACUUGGCGUGCAUACGUCUCCUGUUUCUUGAGCUUGAUAGUCAGAUGCACACCGGAAUGGGUAUCUGAGGUGGAUGUCGAGGUGUUGACAAGACUAAGCCAGGGGAUGAGGCGGUGGAACGAGAAGAAGCUGGCGCUUGCUUUGCUUGGAGUUGGUGGAGUCCGUACCAUGGCCUCGGCCGCUGAACUAAUCAUAGAAACUGACUCAUAACUUUUCUUCAUUUCUUCCUUUGGUCCGAAAAUUUUGUAGAUUGGUAAUACGAAUAGAAUAUCUGUAGCCACCUCUGUAUUGCAUAGGAAAACCUGAGCAGAAAUAGAAAUGUUGAAAUCUGUUAAACUGCAGAUUUAUAGCACCAUUCUUGGUUCAAGGGGCAUUACCUUGUAACAGUGUAUUUAGUUAGCCGAGUGUAAAUUAUGAACUUCGUUAGUUAUGAUCCAGCUUACAGCAAGAACUAGAAUUUUUUGAGCCCAUAUCUUCCAAUCAAGUACUCAUGUUAAGGCUAGAGU